AUGCCCGCCGUGAAUAAAAUGAAGGCCUCUGCCGUGGGUAAGGCCCCGGUCCAGAAGAGCUCUUCCUCAGCAAACCCGAAGAAGCGCAAGAUGGACGCAGGCCAACAGAAGUACUACGCCGUCCGGUGCGGCGUAACGCCAGGCGUCUACCUAACCUGGGCAGAGUGCCAGGCCAACACCGCCGGCUUUGCCGGUGCCAACUACAAGUCAUUUCUCACUCGGGGCGAGGCGGAGCUCUUCGUGGCCGGUAAGAACCCGAACCCCGGCUCGAAACCGACGAGAUUCUACGCCGUGGCGGUCGGCUCGAAGCCCGGAAUCUACACCGAAUGGACCGAGGCGCAAUUAGCAUACCAGGGCGUGAAGGCGCCAAAGUACAAGAAAUUCGACACGCGAGAGGCCGCAGAGGAGUUCAUGCAGUCCUUUGGACCCUCCACUUCGUCGUAUUUCGUCGCGGACGACGUCGAGGCCGGUCCGUCCACGAAGAAGAUCAAGACGGGCGGGUCGGGCGCGGCUUCUGGUGCUACAGCCACCCUCCUGAACAUCUAUACCGACGGCAGCAGCUUGGGUAAUGGCAAGCAGGGCGCCGUGGCUGGCGUGGGCGUUUUCUUUGGGAAGAACGACCCCAGAAACAUCUCUGAGCGCCUCAAGGGGGAGCUCCAGACGAAUCAAAGAGCCGAGCUGACUGCUAUUCUGCGCGCUCUCCAGGUCGUGCCGGUGACACAAGGAGUGCAGAUCUUCUCUGACAGCAAAUAUGGCAUCAGUUGCGUCACUGAGUGGUACGUCAACUGGCAGAAGAACGGCUGGCGUUCGUCUACAGGCGAGGAGGUCAAGAACCAGGAUCUUGUCAAGGCCGUGAGAGUCAAGAUAGAGGAGAGAGCGAAGAAGGGCACGCAGACGGUCUUCACCUGGGUGAAGGGCCAUUCUGUCGAUGCUGGUAACGUCGCGGCGGACCAGCUGGCCGUCGAGGGAGCGAAGAAGAGGGGUUGA